GCCAGCUCCACCACCAGAUCUUAAUUUGUAGAAACCGAAGAAGCAGAGCAGCUAGCGUGGCCACCACAAGCUAAGCUGCAGCUGCCGCUGCCGCUGCCGCCGUCGCCGCCAUGAUCAACGGGCGCGACAUCUACGACGUCCUCGCGGCGAUCGUGCCGCUGUACGUGGCCAUGUUCCUGGCCUACGGCUCCGUGCGGUGGUGGGGCAUCUUCACGCCCGACCAGUGCUCCGGCAUCAACCGCUUCGUCGCCGUCUUCGCCGUCCCGCUGCUCUCCUUCCACUUCAUCUCCUCCAACGACCCCUACGCGAUGCAGUACCGGUUCCUGGCCGCCGACUCGCUCCAGAAGCUCGUCAUCCUCGCCGCGCUCGCCGUCUGGCACAACGUCCUCUCCCGCUACCGCCGCGGCGCCGGCGCCGCCUCGCUCGACUGGACCAUCACGCUCUUCUCCCUCUCCACGCUGCCCAACACGCUGGUCAUGGGCAUCCCGCUGCUCCGCGCCAUGUACGGCGACUUCUCCGGCAACCUCAUGGUCCAGAUCGUCGUGCUCCAGAGCGUCAUCUGGUACACGCUUAUGCUCUUCCUCUUCGAGUACCGCGGCGCCAAGGCGCUCAUCUCCGAGCAGUUCCCGCCCGACGUCGGCGCCAGCAUCGCCUCCUUCCGGGUCGACUCCGACGUCGUCUCGCUCAACGGCCGCGACGCGCUGCAGGCGGACGCCGAGGUCGGCAGCGACGGCCGCGUCCACGUCGUCAUCCGCCGCUCCGCGUCCGCCUCCACCACGGGCCACGGCGCCGCCGCGCGCUCCGCCGUGGGGUACCGCCCCUACGGCCCCUCGUCGGCGAUGACCCCGCGCGCCUCCAACCUCACCGGCGUCGAGAUCUACUCGCUGCAGACGUCGCGGGAGCCCACGCCGCGGGGCUCCAGCUUCAACCAGUCCGACUUCUACGCCAUGUUCAACGGGAGCAAGAUGGCCAGCCCGCUGGCGCAGCCCGGCGCCGCCGCACGCGCGCCGGGGCUCGACGAGCAGGUGGCCAACAAGUUCGCGACCGGGAAGCAGGGCGGCGACGCCACGACGGCGUACCCCGCGCCGAACCCCGGCAUGAUGCCACCGCCACGGAAGAAGGAGCUCGGGGGCUCCAACUCCAACUCCAACAAGGAGCUGCACAUGUUCGUAUGGAGCUCCAGCGCGUCGCCGGUGUCGGAGGCCAACCUCCGCAACGCCGUCAACCACGCCGCCUCCACCGACUUCGCCGGCGUACCGCCGCCGGCCGCGCCAGUCGACGGCGCCACUCCAAAAGGCGCAAGUGGCACUGUGACGCCGAUCAAGAAGCAGGUGGACGCGGCGGCGGCGGCGACCGGCGACCUGGAGAUCGAGGACGGCCUGAAGAGCCCCGCGACGGGCCUGGGCGCCAAGUUCCCGGUGUCGGGCUCGCCGUACGUGGCGCCGCGCAAGAAGGGCGCCGACGCGCCGGGGCUGGAGGAGGCCGCGCACCCGAUGCCGCCGGCGAGCGUCAUGACGCGCCUCAUCCUCAUCAUGGUGUGGAGGAAGCUCAUCAGGAACCCCAACACCUACUCCAGCCUCGUCGGCCUCGUCUGGGCCCUCGUCUCAUUCAGGUGGAACAUCCAGAUGCCCUCAAUUAUAAAGGGAUCGAUAUCGAUACUGUCCGAUGCAGGGCUAGGAAUGGCUAUGUUCAGCUUAGGCCUGUUCAUGGCGCUCCAACCAAAGAUCAUCUCUUGCGGUAAGAGGGUGGCGACGUUCGCAAUGGCGGUGAGGUUCUUGACCGGUCCGGCGGUGAUUGCCGCCACCUCCAUCGCCAUUGGGCUCCGGGGAGUGCUCCUGCACGUUGCCAUUGUUCAGGCUGCACUUCCACAAGGCAUCGUCCCCUUUGUGUUUGCCAAGGAGUACAACUGCCAUCCUCAAAUACUUAGCACAGCGGUUAUUUUCGGGAUGCUCAUCGCGCUUCCAAUCACGAUACUCUACUAUGUUCUUCUUGGAAUUUAGAUUUCCGGCUAGGGAGUAGGAUUCUAGGAAUCUAGCGAUGAAUGCAUGCAAAGAGGAGAAAACAUCGCUUAUCUUGAAGACCUGAAGAUCAUGAGAGAAGAGAAAUAGGGAAAACUAAGUAGGACCCUAGAAGAGAUAAAUUUAGAGGAAAGGGGGGAAAAUCCUUGAUUCGAUUAUUUUAAUUUUUUGUUACUGCUUUAGAUCCAAAGUAAAGGUUAGGGCUUUGAGUAUGAAGGAUUGAACCGCUAAUUGGGCAACUUGGUACUAAAGAUUCCCACCGGUU